AUGCGUUCCUUAAGGCCAUCCGCCGCGCGUAGAAUUCGCGCAUCGCUCACCUCUGAUUCGGCCGUCUCAUCGUCAAUUCGCACGCGACAAAUUGGUGCACCAUGUCUCUUCUGCGCCCACCGCAUGGGAUCACAAGUAGCUUUCCGUCGCUUCCAAUCUACAUCGUCGAGCUCGAAUUCGGUCGAAAAGCCAUUUGAAACAAAGCCAUCAGGGACUGCACAAGCCCCACAGACACACUACUCCUUCUUUCCCGCAUCGCUCCCCGACGGUCCCCCACCAAACGGCCCCUUUGCCAUCGACCUCGCCGCCCUUAAGCGCGAGUUCCUACAGCUACAAGCACGCGCGCAUCCCGAUCUUCACCCGCAAGCAGACAAGAAGCGCGCCGAGGCCACGUCGGCGCGGAUAAACGAAGCCUACAAAACACUGCAAAACCCCUUAUUGCGCGCACAAUAUCUACUUUCUUUGCGGGGCAUCCAAGUGGCGGAUGAUGAGACGGCCAAGGUGGACGACCCAGAAUUAUUGAUGGAGGUUCUCGAGGCGAGAGAGAGCAUCGAGGAGGCGGAGCGAGAAGAGGAUUUGGAGGAGAUGCGGCAAAGGAACGAAGAGAGGAUAGCGCAAAGCACAGAAAUUAUCGACAAGGCAUUUAAAGAGGAUGACUUGGAUGCGGCGAAGAGUGAGGCGGUGAAAUUGCGGUACUGGGUCAAUAUCAAAGAGAGCAUAGAAAACUGGGAAAAGGGUGUGCCGGUUGUGUUACAGCAUUAG